AUGAAGGGCAAAGGCUCCCGUACUCGCUCCGGUGCUUCUGAUCGCGGGGGAAUUCGCAAGCGGGGUGCGACUCGGAUUGACCGCGAUGGUGACUUGUCAAUGGAUGGGGGUGCCGCUCGAGGUCGUGGAAAGAGGGCGCGCGGCGACAGUGGUCGUACCUCGACUGGUGGACGGGGUCCGACCCGGGAUAGGGCAUUAAAUGCGAUUCAGAAAGCGAUUGCCAGCAAUACGGACUCUCAGGCGAAUAUUCGACAGGGACCCCGUGGAGGAGGCUUGGAACAAGUUAGCGUUCGUGGCUGGAAACAGAGCAAAGCAGCGUCCAACCGUGAUGGCGGCCUCGAAAGCCUUCUCGCCUUUCUCGAAAAGAAACUGUCUCCACCCGACUCGAAAACUGGCCCCCGCGCAAGAAUAUCCAAGUCGCGGGUUGAAGGCGAUUCUAUCAUUGUGUCUAUCCGACCAGAGUUGUUGGAUAGAAUGCUCCAGCUCAAUGGGUUUAGUUUUGCAGGUGCACCUCUCACGAUCGAAACGUAUGGGCAAUCAGCGAAUGGCAUGGCGGAUCAACCUAUGCUAUCGGACAUCGCGCAAAGCGGCGGCGCUCCCUCAACGGCCGACACGAAGAGCAAGAUGACUGCGAUCUUGGGCAAGCGAUACUACCAACAGACGAAAUUGCUUGACCUCUCGAAACUGGGAAGCGACCCGGAUCUCUUGGCCAUGGGUAUAUUCAACAGCACCUCUACCGAGUCGAAAUUUUUCCCGGCAUUGAUGAAAGUUUGGGAGAUGAAUUUUGAUAAUUCUACAACAAGGCGCGAGGCCGUCGAAAGUGUCAGCCUGGCGGACAAUCAGCUCGCAAAUAUCGCAGUUGUCACAACCCUGGCCCAGACAAUUCCAGACCUGAAAAACUUGGAUCUAUCGAAUAACAGUUUCAAGGACGCCCAAGCUAUGAUUGGCUGGCGAUGGAAGUUCCGGAGCCUCGAAUUUCUCGACCUCACCGGAAACCCUUUCAGCGCCGACCCUACGUUCAAGGAUACUAUGAUGAAGUGGUACCCGAAGCUACGGGUGCUGAACAACGUCGAGGUUCGAACUCUGGAGGAAAUUGCGGCCCAGAAGAAGACACCGAUCCCCGUCCAGCCGCCUCACUUCCUGGAUGAAGGUCAAAUCGGAGAGAACUUUGUCCGGGCUUUCUUCAUGGGCUAUGAUAACGACCGCAACGACUUGCUCAACGGGGUUUACGAUAAUCGGUCCACUUUCUCCUUAAAUGUCAACACAUCUGCGCCAAGAGCUCAACAGACUGAGACCGCCGGAUGGGAUCCAUAUAUCAAAAAGAGUCGAAAUCUGCUCAAGAUCAGCCAUCUCCCGGCCAGGAUGUCCCGUGCUUAUGUCGGAGUGGAAAAGAUUCGCGAGGUCUGGAAUACUCUACCUAAAACCAAGCACCCUGAGGUGGUUGCUCAGCCGGAGCAAUGGCUUAUUGAAUGUUUCCCGGUUCCUGGUCUUCCUGACCCUUCCGGGCAAAGUGGCACAGGAGUGGGUGGGCUUAUGAUUAUGGUGCACGGAAAGUUCGAGGAACUUAGUGGUGGAAAAGUGGAAGUGCGGAGUUUUGAUAGGACAUUCAUUUUGGGUCCUGGUGGAGGAGUCGGAGGCAUCAGGGUAAUCAGUGAUGUUCUGUGUCUACGGGCCUAUGGUGGCCAUGAGGCAUGGGUCCCCGAGACGCAAGCUCCGGUUCUGCCGGUUCAGCCUGCAGUGGUGCCGGCUGCUCCCCCGGUGGCACCUGAAGGAUACGGUCUGCCGGUGCCUGGAAAGCCAGAAGCCCAGGUACAGCAGGAGCAGCUUGUGAUGCAGAUGAGCUCGAAAACAAACAUGACCCUGCAAUAUUCCGAGAUGGCGUUGUCCGGGAAUGGCUGGAACAUGGAGGCUGCAUUGAAGAAUUUCGAGCAACUCAAGGCACAAGGUACCUUGCCUCCAGAAGCUUUUCUUCCUGUGGCGGUCUAA